AUGGGCUGUUCAACAAGACAAUAUAUUUCUAUAAUUUUGGUGUGCAUUUUGCAGAACGUACACGCGUCCUGGUGGUACUUAGCAAUUCUGAGUUCAUCGCCGACCAGCCAUUAUCCACUCACAGGAAACAAAGUCCCGGAGCAGCAAUCAGACCAGGGAUCACGAUGUUCCAAUCUGGCUUUCCUCAACCCCCGCCAAAAGGAAUUAUGUGAGCACGAAAGUAGACUUAUUAGUAUCGUGAGUCGAGGAGCGUCCAUGGGCAUCUCGGAAUGUCAACACCAGUUCUCUGCCCGCCGCUGGAACUGUUCCACCUACAAUAAUACCAGCGUCUUCGGCAAAGUCCUCCGAAUCAAGAGCCGAGAGACUGCCUAUAUCUACGCUAUUUCGUCAGCCGGUGUCAUGUACAGCGUCACGCGCGGGUGUGCACGUGGCGACCUCGAUCACUGUGGCUGUGACGACAAGAUCAGAUGGAGAAAGUCCGGUGAGGACUUUGAAUGGGGAGGUUGCUCAGAAAAUACUAAAUAUGGAGCAAAGUUUUCCAAAGAAUUCGUUGAUGCAAACGAGAAAAACCUUGACGAGUCUGGAUUAAUGAAUCUUUGGAAUAACGAGGCCGGCAGAAGGACGGUUAAGACAUCAAUGGAACUUCUGUGUAAAUGUCAUGGAGUUUCUGCAACAUGUACAGUGAAAGUCUGCUGGCGCAAAAUGAAGAGCUUCCGGACAAUUGGCGCCAAAUUGAAGGCUAAAUUUGACGGCGCAAGUCUCGUAAAAAUUAAUAAGAAACGCAGAAAGUUAAAGCGAAUAACACAGGAUAUGAAAAAGCCGACGAAAAAGGAUUUAGUAUAUCUUGAGGAGUCACCGGACUAUUGCAACGCUGACGCCAAGUAUGGGUCGCUGGGCACGCGCGGGCGACAGUGCAGCAAGGACAGUUAUGGCCUCGACGGCUGCACACUCAUGUGCUGUGGGCGAGGAUACCUCACAAUCGUCAAGGAAAUUAAGGAAAACUGUCAUUGUAAAUUUGUCUGGUGUUGCAGGAUAGACUGUAAGAAAUGUUCCCGAGUCGUGGAAAUGCAUUUCUGCAAUUAACAAGCCGUGUGUUUGUUUGCCGAGUUCUAAUUGAUAUUUCCCUCCGGAUGUUCGCCAUCUUCAUUUUUAUAUAGAUAUAUUUUGCAUAAAGAAUGUUUAUGAAUAUGAUCUAACGUGAAUGUGGCUUACCAAACCACGCCAAAGACUUGGUAUU